GCAGCCAAUGGGAGGAUGUCAAGCCCGCAUUCUACGGCAGUUACACACCCACAUUACUUUUGUGUCAACCACUUCGCGGGAGUUGACGCUGUAGGAGCAGUCGUCUCUUUAAAAAGUAGACAAACAAUCUACGGACGAAUAUUAGGGCAACCAUGUCUGACAGAAAGGCAGUGAUCAAAAAUGCAGAUAUGUCGGAGGAGAUGCAGCAGGACGCCGUGGAGUGUGCCACGCAGGCCCUGGAGAAGUACAACAUCGAGAAAGACAUCGCUGCAUUUAUCAAAAAGGAGUUUGACAAGAAAUACAAUCCUACCUGGCACUGCAUUGUUGGGAGGAACUUUGGCAGCUAUGUGACUCACGAGACCAAGCAUUUCAUCUACUUCUACUUGGGCCAGGUCGCCAUCCUGCUGUUUAAGUCCGGCUGAGGGAAAAUGCUCUCCCCAACUCCAACUGACCAUAAAGUACUGACUGAUUAAACAGAAAGGCUCUAUCAUUCCUGGUCCAGGGCACCGCCUUUUUUCUGUGCUGCUUUCUACUUUGUUCUUCUGUUUUUGAGAGAAAAAAAAAAAAAACAACAACGUGGCCAUGUAAGAGAAAUGAAACACUUGUAUUUAUUUUUGUCUUGUGACAUUAGACAUGUCAUUUUUUUAAUUAAAGCGUAAUUGUUUGGCUGUGUGGUA